UACACUGCGAGACAAUUAUCAUAAUUGGUCAAAGUGAUCCGUCAGUUUGUCUUUACUAGUAUUGAUUUAAUAGCAUUUUAAUUGAUUUGUUUCUUGUUUUAAACCGAGUAGAUUUUGAUUAGCAAAAUGGUGAUGAUUUUACCCAAAUUACAGUUGAUACAUGUGUUGAUAAGAAACACUCACAGUUGUAUGAAGGAAACAAUUGGUAAAUUACUUUUGCAGUUCAUUUGUGAAGUUUUCUCGUUUUAAAUGUUUUUUAAUUUGGUAGUUUAUUGAGUAUUAAUUGUUGACCAUCUCAUUUGUAACUUUGAUCAUUAUCAUGGAAUUAACAAAUUAUCUUAAAGUCGCAAGUGCUAAUCAUUGUGGAAGUGAUGAAUUAAGUGAAUCAAGCUUGUCUUGUCUUGACCAGAGAAACUCAUCGACCCACCCUCGUCAAUUAACGGCCUUUGGUGAUCAUUGUUAUGCAAAAAUUAAGAUGAGUCCAAGUGAUUGGAUUGAAGCAGAAACUGAUCCUGACAAUGAAAUACCUCAGGUUGAUGUCGAGGGUCAUGAAGUGGUUAAUUCAUUGGUAGAAUCCACCUUGGUUGCUAUUGAUACGAAUAAUUCUUUUCGUAUUAAAUUGUCUCUAAAUCGAGAGUCCAUCAAAUUUCUUAGACGAUCAUUGAAAUUGGUCGAAGAUCGUCUCGAGUCAACGCAGUCAACAAUAAAACGUAAAUGGAAAUCAAAAGUUUAUUCUUAUUUGGAGUCAAUCAAGAGAUACGAUAAGACUGAUCAUCAAUCAUCUACAGAUGAAAGUGAAAGUGAAAAUGAAAGUCAAAUGUACAAAAAGGUUAAAAGAUAUUCAAACUUGGAGAAUGACCAGAAUGAAAUAAAACCCAUUGACGAAAUCAUUAGAACAUUCAAGAAAUGCAUUCAAUUCAGAGUUAAUCAUUGUGAAGACUUUUGGAUGUACUCUAGAAAUUUGAUUGAAAAUGGACGAAUACAAGAACAAAAUUUUCCUGUAAAUAUUUGUUUCUCUUCCAAAGAUCACCUUGAUAAGCGACUUCAAUUCUUAACAAAACUCAAUCCAGAUCCUUGCGUUUUCAGUCAUGUGAAACAUAAAGAGCCUUGGGGUGAGUCCGAUUUCGAGCAAUUAUUAGUACCGAAAAUACCUAAGGAAACUGCUAAACGAGUUCUCAAGGGAAUGUCACAAGGGAAACUCUACAACAUUCAUUAUGCUCAAUUGAGUCAAUUGUUCAGUGGGCUUAUUCGUGAAGAAAUAAAUGGAAAGACCAAAUGUCCGCUUUGUGGUAGAGUUUAUACUAUUCGCUCGUCGGUUAUAGAUCAUUUGGAAAGUGUUCAUACAAAUUUUGCUUGUUUCUGUGGUCGAUGUGGUCAUUUAUUCCUCAGAAGUGCUCCAGCGAGGAUUCACAAAUGUCCAUCAAAAGAUCUGUUAUCCAUUCGAAUCUCUUGUUGAAAUGGUAAUGAGCCUUUUUCUGCACCAAUCUAAUCAUUUACUCCGGAAGAUGGUACAUAUUGUGGACUUAGAGUACAUUCAAAGGUUUCUUUUGGUAUUCGUUUCAAUGAUCAUAAUGAAUUACACGAUAUUGGUGCGACAAUAUCUAUCACAGACUGCAUAACAAAUUAUAUUACAUCGAAAGCUAAUUCAUCUCAUGAAGUUAAAAUUAUCUAUGAGCUAAAUCGUCUAUCGACAGUUGGCCCCAACUCCACUAAAUUAAAUGAAUAAACGGACUCAUAAGUAAUCGAAAAAGGGGUAUAUCAAAAUCUGCCCAUCACCCAAGAAUUUAUUCUUUCAUUUUUUCUGACUCAACUU